GAGUCUCCAACCCGGUCUCUGGUGAUGGAAGCCCCAAAAGGAGUAGAAAUCAAUGCAGAAGCUGGCAACAUGGAAGCCACCUGCAGAACAGAGCUGAGACUGGAAUCCAAAGAUGGAGAGAUUAGGUUAGAUGCUGCGAAAAUCAGACUCCCUAGACUGCCUCACGGAUCCUACACACCUACGGGAACGAGGCAGAAGGUCUUCGAGAUCUGCGUCUGCGCCAAUGGGAGAUUAUUCCUGUCUCAGGCAGGAACUGGGUCCACUUGUCAGAUAAACACAAGUGUCUGCCUUUGAAAGACUAUCCAUAGUGGACAUUGCCGGCAGCAUAAUGGCCUUUUUUGGCUUUAGACACUGGCUGUCAGCUAUUUUUACUAGAACACAGAAAGCCUAUCAAAGACCUUUUGUGUGUGCGCGCGUGUGUAUGUGUGUAUGCUUGAGUGUGUUUGUGUGAGUGGUUGGAUAUAAAUAUAUAUAAAUAAAUAUAAAUAAAUAUAUAUAUCCUCUGUAU